AUGCUUCCCCACGUGGUGUUGGUGUUACCUUGGACCUGCCAGCGGGUCGUGUGGUCUUCUAUUCGGACAGGAAGGCCCGUCUGGCAAACCGAAAUCGCUUCUCGAGAGUCCAAGCCGAUGAACAGAAUUUCUCUUGUCGUCAAAAUUUUUGCGAUUCGUGACAAGGAAAAGAUUCUCAAGCAUCAACGCCCACCCGUAGAGCGUAUUACAGUUGCUUAG